GCAAGCCUUGCGAAACAUUUACGAUUUGAUAAGGCCCGAAGGUGGUGAUUGCCUGCUGUCUUUUGCCCCCUAUAUACCCACUGUGGAUAUUUAUGAAGCCCUUAAAGAUUCAUCCACUUGGGCGCCAUAUCUUGGCCACACAAAUUAUUUCAAUGGUCCCUUGCAGCGAAUUGAAGAAUUCGCCUUGGUUAAAUUACUACAGGAUAUUGGUUUCUAUAAUGUCCAUGUCCAGAUGACCUAUGAUGUUUACAUUUAUGAAACUCCCCAGGAAUUUUCAGAUCACAUGGCUGCCAGUAGUUUUUUCCUGAAACACAUUCCCCCCUCCAUGCAUGAAAAAUUGAUGGUCGAUUUCUUGGAGGUAGCUCGAAGACUGGGCUGUCGAGCAUCCAGUGCCUGCGGAAGAAAAUGUAAAUUUUCCUUUAAUUUCACCAAUGCUGUGGUAUAUGCCAAAAAAAUGCCCCAAAGAAUAUAG